GUGAACGUCCAUGCUAGCAGCAACUCGUCUAACCUACUCGACUGACAAGCAAAAGAGUGCAUGAUGUUCACCUCCACAGUCUUGACUACGCUCAUCGCCGCAGGUAGCGCUCACGCUGCUGUGAUUCCAGGAUGGGGCGUCAGGGCAGAUUUCACGAGCUGCGACAGCGCCACACCUUUAGAAGUUGUCCUUGACGGUGCGACCAACCAGCUCUCCCCAGCUGCCAAUAUCACCGACUUCAAAAUCCCGAUACCCUUCGAUGGGACCCUCGUCAUCAAGGCUGCCGGCGCAGUGGGAUAUGGCUCGCCCUACCCUCCACAGCAGAUUCAGAUUGAGAUCUUCUCCGAGGGAAAGCCAGGCGACCCACCCAUCUGGGGCAACGCCACGGUGAAGCCCGGCACCGGACAACCUGCUUCCAUUGUCCAGAUCGGUUGGAACACGGGGGGCAACUUGACCAUUGCGCCAGACCAGAAUGAAGAAGUCUUUCUUCAAUCUUGGUCUCAUGGAGGCAGCUUGGUCGUUGACUAUUGUGGUGUUCCCGCGUCUCAGCCUCCCUACACAUAGAAUAGCCAAACGUCACUUAGUACCUCGGAUCUAUGGUUGUGAUUAUGGCAUACAAAUGUUCAUAGCAUGGCUCAUGUAAAUAUUACUAAAGUCGGACUGAUACUUCUUUUCUUGGCACGUGGUCAGCGAUCAAGGGAAGCCAAGCCAAUUGCACCAUUAACAACCA